CUGUGACCACAGCUCAUCCCUGCCCUGAGCUGCAGAGUGUUGGUGCUGCCCACAGUGUUGCCAGGCAUCCCUGGAAGAGGAGGUGCGUUCAGCAGUGAGGAGUUUGCCUCUGUGUGAGAGCCUCUGUUUUUCUUCUGCAAGCAGAGAGCAAAGACUCGUGCCAAUUCUGGAGCUCAUCUGAAAUACAUUAAAAGCCUGGAGAAGAACGAUCCUCUACAAUCUGGCUGAGUUGGACGCGUCACCGACGGCUCCUAUUUGCUGUUAGAACACACACACAAGUACAAGUCGCUGCAGCUCCUCUGAGGGACUGUUUUUGUGUCCUCAAGUCAAAAUAUUUUCCAGACUCCAGACAGCGAGAGAGAGUGAGAGAAGGAGACUAAAGCGCUGUAGAAGUUUCUUCCACUGUAACUAGGAACUAAAAGGUGCAUUCAGGAGGUGAAGAUACAGACUUCUAAAGAACUAUCGUCCCUUGUUGAAGGUUUCAAGGACAAGUGAGAAGUGGUCACAUAAAUACAGGAAGCACCUGAAGAUUUUCCACGCGUCCACAGGAGAGGGAAAAAAGAAACAGCAGCAGAAAACAAACAUAAGUCUUUCAGUUAGUUGUGUAAGAGGCUGAAAACAUAAUUACCCAAUAAAUAUGUCACGCUGGGGGCGUAAAAAUGUGAAAAAGGCACCAGAGGUGAUCCGCACUGUGACAGAAGGGCUCAAAUCCCUCUACCGAAAGAAGCUGCUGCCUCUGGAACAGUACUACGGUUUUCAUGAUUUCCACUCUGCCAGUCUGGAGGAUGCAGACUUCGACAACAAGCCUAUGGUCCUGGUGGUGGGGCAGUACUCCACGGGAAAGACGACAUUCAUCAAGUAUUUACUGGAGCAGGAUAUUCCUGGGAGCAGAAUUGGACCAGAACCUACCACUGACUGCUUCACUGCCAUCAUGCACGGGGAGGUGGAGAGCGUCAUUCCUGGGAAUGCCCUUAUUGUGGAUCCAAACAAACCUUUCCGCAAACUCAACCCCUUUGGAAACACCUUCCUAAACAGGUUCCAGUGUGCCCAGAUGUCCAACCAGGUUCUGGAGAGUAUUAGCAUCAUUGACACACCUGGGAUCCUGUCUGGGGCUAAGCAGAGAGUGAGCCGAGGUGAGAGAAGUAGAAAAGGCUAUGACUUCCCAGCUGUGCUGCGCUGGUUUGCGGAGCGCGUAGACCGCAUCAUCCUUCUGUUUGAUGCCCAUAAACUGGAGAUUUCAGACGAGUUCUCUGAGGCUAUCAGUGCCUUGAAGGGCAAUGAGGACAAGCUGCGGGUGGUGCUGAACAAGGCAGACAUGGUGGGCACACAGCAGCUGAUGCGGGUGUACGGUGCGCUCAUGUGGUCCCUCGGUAAGGUGUUUGGCACUCCGGAGGUUCUGCGUGUCUACAUCGGCUCCUUCUGGUCAGAGCCACUGAUGGUGGCAGACAACCGAAAGCUGUUUGAGCUGGAAGAGGAAGAUCUGUUCGCUGACAUCCAAAACCUUCCUCGCAACGCAGCUCUGCGCAAACUCAAUGACCUGGUUAAGAGGGCACGUCUGGUUAGGGUGCACGCUCACAUCAUCAGCUACCUAAAACAGGAGAUGCCGUCCGUCUUCAGAAAAGACAAUAAAAAGAAGAAUCUGAUCUACCAGCUGCCAGUUAUUUUCUCCAAGAUCCAGCUGCAGCACAACAUUUCUGCCGGAGACUUCCCAGACUGUGCUAAGAUGCAGGAACAACUGAUGGUUCAUGAUUUCACCAAGUUCAAAACUUUGAAGCCCAAUCUCAUGGUAGCCUUGGAUGAGCUACUGUCCUCUGACAUUGCCAAGCUAAUGCCCCUCCUGAGGCAGGAGGAGCUGGAGGCAGGUGAGCAACUAGGUGUCCAAGGAGGAGCCUUCCUCGGAACCCGUGUCGGACCAUUCAGUGAGGGCGACCCAUUUUCCGAUGUGAACGGAGAUGCAUGUGAGGAGGAGGAGGAUUGGGUAGUGACCAAAGAUAAACCCAAAUAUGAUGAAAUCUUCUACAACCUGGCACCCGCUGAGGGGAAGCUGAGUGGCACCAAAGCGAAGGACUGGAUGGUUAGUUCUCGCCUGCCUAACUCAGUAUUGGGCCGCAUAUGGAAGCUGUCCGAUGUGGACCGUGACGGCAUGCUGGAUGAUGAAGAAUUUGCUUUGGCCAGCCACCUGAUUGAGGUCAAGCUGGAGGGGCACGGUCUACCACCUGAGUUGCCCACUCGUCUGAUCCCGCCGUCCAAACGCAGACAGGGCUCUGAUGCGUAGACGUACGAGCUGUGAUAGACUCUAUACUCUGAUUGGCUGACACACUUCUGCUACUGUUUGCAAAUGCCCUUCCCUCUAAACACACGUCAAAAGAUGUAUGUAUUGCGUUUUAAUUUUAACCAGCAAAUGCUUUCUUCCGACAGAGUGUAUAUAAAGUCACAUGGAUCUGAAUUUGCGUUCCUCAAAAUUAGCUUUUUUAUUAUGAACUUUUAAAACAUAUAUCUUGAUAGGCUGAUAAAGGCUGGUGCUAAGGACACACUAUGGGACUUUUUGGCAGAGUUCGCCUAUGGUUCCUCGUCGGGCGUGUCCACACUAGUUGGGGAAAAGUGCCAUGGCAAAGUGACACAAAAAUAUGUACCAGCUGAGUAUGCAGAUUGGCAUGCCUGUGAGGGGAACCCCAGCUUUGUUACAGUCAGUGAAAUGUAGUUGUUUUUUUUUAGCUGAAUCUGGAUGGAGCUGUGUAGUACUGUAGGAACUGAACGAACCAACUAAUUAGUAUGUUAAUGUUGACUAAUUAGACAGCAGCGCUCACAAGAGUUCACACCGGAACUCCAAGCAUUCUGUUGCCCUAAGUUGGUUUCACAAAUGAUGUAGUCUGGGAUUCUUUAGAAGAGGCAGUGGUAGACUGUGUGACCUUCAGUCCUUUAGUCAUCACCCUUCGUAUUUUGGCUCUUCACUUCAGCUCGCCUUUUCUCCCCUUCCUCCUCUGCUUGUUCACCAAACGUCUCCAUAUCCUCUUUCACAACAUCCACAUAUCUGGGGUCUUCCUUUUUCCACUUUCCUGGCAACUCCAUCUCCAAUAUACCAUCUCUCUUCAGUACAUUUCUAAUCCAUAUCCAGACUUAAAUCGGCAUACAAAAAUCUAUUAAAGUCGUGUAGUGUGUCCGCAGCUAAUGCAGGCAGUAUUUAAUACAUACUUACCACACAAACAUUUAAAUCACUCAUUCCUUCAGUGAUUCAUUCCAGUGAGAGGAUUGUCAACAAAUGUAUUUACAUGAAUUAUAAUUUUCUUGUGUUUUCAUUCAACACAAUCCCAAUAACCUGAAUUUAUUCCACACUUUGAUGCUUCAUACGCCACACUUUGAGCAUUCUCUAUAUAUUAUUUUUGUAAUUGUUGCUGUUGUUCUGUACGUGCAGGAGCCCGACCUCGGUGAAAAAAUAUAUAAUGAAAUCAACGUUUCAACUACAGAUUGAAUGAUUGAUAUAUUGCUUACUACUGUACACAGCUCCACCAACUCUUUUGUGUCAAAUGAUGAUGUAACCAAAUAAAAUUCCUCCACUGUG